UUCCAAUGCUCACCAGACUCAAACCUCCCAUGACCAACGCAGGAACCAAUCGAACACUCAUCGGCCUUCUUUGAAAGAGUUUGGGGUCCCGGCCUAUUUCUGUGCUCCCUCAUCCCCGUGCGAUCUUUCCUCACUCUCGUUCAACAUCCAACGUCAAGCUCGCAGUUCCACACAUCUACGAUUGUAUCGCCUCGCGGGUUUGAACAACAUGGCAGAGAACAGGGAAACGAAGCAUGCAAAUGGCACCGCGGCACCCGGCAUCCUUACCGCAAACGCUACCCAAGGACCAUGGAGUGUCGACGCCGUUGUAGCGAAUAUCCCAGGCGGACCACCAGAGACGGACUCCUCGUCCCCAGUGCCAUUCUUCCACAUGCUGGAGCGUUUAAAGACUACAAAGCGUGAGGGAUGGCGACGGUUUGGGAUCAAGCACGGCGAAUCGAUAGCAGACCACAUGUACCGCAUGUCCCUGAUCUGCAUGUUUGCUCCCCCAUCCCUCUCAUCGAAACUCAAUAUCCCGCAUUGCUCGAAGAUGGCGCUGGUGCAUGAUAUGGCGGAGGCGCUGGUUGGGGACAUCACGCCCGUAGACGGGGUUGCGAAGCACGAGAAGAAUCGGCGAGAGAGCACAACCAUGGAUUACUUCACCAACUCUCUGCUCGGGAAAGUCAACGGUGGCAUCACUGGACAGGAGCUCAAGGACAUAUGGCAGGAGUAUGAGGAUAGCGAGACGCUGGAGAGCAAGUUUGUGCACGAUGUCGAUAAGUUGGAGCUCGUGUUGCAGAUGGUGGAGUACGAGAGGGUUCACGAACGUGAGCUGGAUCUGGGCGAGUUCUCGUGGGUUGCGGGUCGGAUUGUGCUUCCGGAGGUGAAGGCGUGGGCCGGGGAGAUAUUGAAGGAGAGGGAGGCGUUUUGGGGAAGUAAAGAGCACACGAAUUUCUAUGAUGCGACGCAGCCGGAUGCGAAUCUUUUGGCGUAGAAGUUGGAGUAUUACGGAGACAAGGAGAAUGACAAGGUUGAGGAGAAGCCGUGAGCCGUGGAUGCUCUGUGGUCUUUGGAUUCGGUGGUUUUUUUGGGACUGUUGUGACGCUUCACGGUUGCUUGAAUAGAUACCAUGGGCGUUUGCGUUGGCUUGGAGAGAUAGAUGGUGGCGUUGUCCCUUAGACUGCAACUUGAAUUCGAGAACAAGGGAUAUGUUUCAUAAUUCCCAACUCCACAAAUGUUGCGGUGUUCUG